AUGAGCACAGAACUAAGACGCGUGUGCACAGUGGGCGGAAACGCCAUCUCGGCAUUUCUCUCCUGGAGGUUACAAGCAACCAACGCGUGUGAUGUGACGCUUGUCUGGAAAGCAAAUUAUCAGACUGUGGCGCAGUACGGCGUGUCAUUCAAAUCAGACAAAUUCGGCAAUGAACGCUUCAAACCACGAUAUGUUGUGCAAAAUCCUGAUGACGCGGCCCACCAGAAUGUUGCUUUCGACUAUGUCAUCCUCUGUGUCAAGGCCCUCCCCGACGUGUACAACCUUGCAGACAUCAUUCAGUCCGUCGUAACGAAGCAGCAUACUUGCAUUCUCGUCAAUACAACGAACACGUUGGGUGUUGAGAAGGAGCUGGAAGAGCGUUUCCCCACCAACGUAGUCCUGUCCCUCGUCUCCGGGGCGGAUCUGACGCAGCUGGGCUCCAGCGAAUUCGAACACAGCGGCUCAACCGAGAUGUGGGUAGGACCGGCCAACGUCAAUUCUGCGAUCCCGGAAGAAAUUCAAAAAGACAUGGCCGAAGCUCUCGCCAUGACACUGACCACAGGACAAGUCGACUGCAAAGUCGCGCCUAACAUUCGGCAACAGCAAUUUGAGCGCAUGAUUGGCCCUAUAGCCUUUCAUCCAGCAAGUGUCAUUUUCGAGACUCCGAACCACACGGAGCUACUACAGAAACCUGGAGUCGAAGACUUAGUGAAGGACAUCAUUCAAGAGCUUGUCACCCUUGCAGCCGUUUACGAAUGCGAGUUUCCCUCCGACUUCGCAUCCAGCGUCAUCCGCACCAUGACAGCUCGUGCGGAGCCUAGUACCAUGUAUCAAGAUUUUUCCUCGAGAAGACCAAUGGAGGUCGAGACAUAUCUUGGCUCGCCUGUAAAGCUCGCAAAAGCUUCUGGCAUUAGUGUCCCUCGCCUCGAGACGUUGUACACUAUGAUGAGGCAUGUCAACACCUCGAACAAGGAUCGUUCACCGCCUCCACCAUCACCAGCAGUUGCCCAGUCCGUCCAACCACCACCCAGGACUGCAUCUAUGCAACCUCCCCCAAGGAUGCCUAAUGGGUCGAUGGCCGGCGGGCCACGUCCACCGCGUGGUCCCGGUGGGCCUUCAGGACCUCCAGGGCCUAUGGGACCUGGCCGACGUGGUCCUCCGCCCGUCAAUGGCUUUCGUGGUUUCCCUCGCGAAAAUGGGAUGCAACGACGGCCUUCGUUCGAUGAGAACGGUCUGGACGAAUUCAGUCACGUGGUACUGUACGAUGAUCUUCCCGAGGGCGAUGUCGCGGGUGAUGGCCUUCAUCUUGGCGGCCUCUCAGUGCGAGAGAGAGAGUUAAUGCUGCGGGAAAAGGAGAUACAUCUCAAGCAGCAAGAGAUGGCGAUGCGAGGUCGUGGCGCUGGGCGUAAACCUCCAAUGCGUCCGCAGGAUUUUGACGACGACGACGAGGAUGACGAUUUCGUUGACCCCAUGCAGCCUCGCUUUGGUCAGCCUCCGAUCGACGAUAACAUCGACAUGAUGAGUGUCACGUCGCGUCGCACGAAACGGCACCCGAGUCAAGGCCAGAUGCGCAGGGACAUGUUUGGUGGCGGUCCGCCUAUGCGCGGAGGCUACAACAGUCGCCCUUACAUGAGCAGAAACCGCACGAGCGCUCAACUCAUGUCUGAUAUGCCUGCCUUGGGAGAGAACAUACUUGAUAAUCCCAUGAUGGGCUUCUCAUCCAAUCGAUACGGAACUGUUGAUCGGGGGGAGAUGCAUAACGAGUCCCGAACCAAUUCGCUUACCGCCGCUCGUCUCCACGAAAUGGGUGGGGGUGGAGGACCUUAUCCAGGACCUUCACCUGCACCCCCGAGCCGCCGGACAAGUCGCUCGCCUGGCAAUCCUCUUGGACCUGUGGGUCGCCCAAUGGGCCGACCGUCCCCUCCUCACGACCCGUACAUGCAGAAUGGCCCUCCACGUAACGGACGCCCUUCGCCACCAGGCGCAAUGCCUGCUCCGACACCAAGAUAUCCUCCAGGACACGGAAACGCUGUCCAUCCUCAUCAAGUCGAACAACAAGUCGGGGUGAGCAAGCCAUACCCACCUAAAGCCCCUCCAAAAAGUCUGACUGGAAGUGCGAGUGCUAGCGCGGGGAGUGGUGAUAGUGGCAGCGCGAAUAUCGAAUCCGAACCUUCUGCACACAGCAGUCAGAGCAGCUUCGCGCCACGAGCGGUCAUGACUGCGGCACGCUAA